UCUACUCACAUCCGGACGAUGCCCACGGGAGAGUGGCAUUCAACUACGGCGUUGACGCUGCAUCCAUCCUCUCAUUGUUCUUCCUCCCAACCAUCAUCACAACAGUCCCCAUCAACAAUGACUAUCGGCGCCCUUCCUGAAACUAUGAAGGCGGUCGUCCUUGAGGCGCCGCACAAGGUUGCCGUCAAAGACGUGCCCACCCCCAAGCUUGAGAAGCCCACCGAUGUGAUCGUCCAGACCACAGUGGCGGGACUUUGCGGCUCUGACUUGCACAUCUACCGCGGUCACCUUCCCAUCCCCCUUCCCAUCACAAUCGGGCACGAGGUCGUCGGACGCAUUGUCCAGGUCGGCGACGAGGUCAAGAAGUGGAAGGUCGGCGACAAUGUCAUUGUGCCGUUCACGGCGACAUGUGGCGACUGCUUCUACUGCAAGAAGGGCCUCAUGGCUCGCUGCACCACCGGCAUCACCUUCGGCACGGGCCGCGGCCUCGAGGGCUGCCAGGCCGAGUACGUUCGCGUGCCCACUGCCGACACGUUCGUCUUCCCGCAGCCGGACGACAUUCCCGCGUCCACCCUGCUGCUCAUGGCCGACAUCUUGCCGACGGGUUACUUCGUCGCGUCGGGCGGCAAGCGCCUGCUCAUGGAGAGCUUGGGGCAGCCGAUGAGCGGCGACAUUGUUAAGGAUGUCGAGGCGAAGAAGGAGGGUGUGUGCGUCGUUAUCGGCUGCGGACCUGUUGGUCUGUGCGCCAUCUCGUCGGCCAUGCGCAUGUUCGAGAAGGUGUUCGCGACGGACCUCGCGCCGCACCGCCUCGAGGCGGCCAAGCGCCACGGUGCCAUUGCCCUCCAGGACGAUGAGCUCAAGGCCGCCAUUAUGGAAGCGACGGACGGCCGCGGCGCCGACGUCGCGCUCGAGGUUGUCGGCCACGCCAGCGCCAUGACCAAGGCCAUUGAGCUCGCGCGGCCCUUCGGCAUUGUCUCGAGCUGCGGCGUCCACUCGGAGCCCAUCACCUCGAACGGCUACAUGCUCUUCCACAAGAGCCUCCGCUUCCAGUGGGGCCAGUGCUCUGUGCCUACUUAUUUCCCCGGGGCGUUGGGAGUGCUGCGCGACAACAAGGAGAUCUUCGCUCAGUUCAUCGAGCAGAAGAUCGACUUUGCCAAGGCCGAGGAGUACUACGCCCUGUUUGAAAAGAACAAGGUUGGCAAGACUGUCUUCGUGCUCGGAGAUGAAGGUGUCUAGUCUGGUCGUAGCGUCGCAUUCAGAAGCUUUGGGGAUUUGUGAUGCAUGCUUGU